AUGUCAUUUGUUAAAAUUACUACGUUAAUUCUUUUAAGUUGGAUAUGUCAUAUUUAUAUUUAUAUGAAUACUUAUAAUAAAACUUUGGGUGAAUGCUACAAUUAUCGUAAAAAAUUAUAUACAAGAAAUUAUCGUUUACUGGAAAAAUAUAAUCAGGAUAAGGAUCCCAGUAUUGUAUGUUUAAUGGAAGAUAUACCAAAUGGAAUACACAACAAAAAAGAUAUAUAUAUUAAUCAAAAAUAUACAUCAGGAAAAAAGAAACAAUCAUAUAGAAGUUCAUUAAGUAAUAAAAAAGGCCAUAAAAACGAUGUGAAAAAUAAAACCUGUAUAUUUGAAACAAAAAAAUAUUCCAAUUUAGAAAAAAAAAUAUUCAAAGAACUUGAUUAUGAAGAGUUUCUUAAAAAAAAUAGGACAAUUAGUGAUAGGAUAUACAAAAAAAUAAUACGUAAGAAAUGCGGAUUACGAUUUGCUUUACCUUUAUUAAUAUUAUUGGUUUUUGCAAUAUCAUUCAUAUUAGAUAAUUUUUGUAGAUGUGGGCUUACAUUUGGUUUGAAAAAAAUAAUUGUUCUUAUUUCACCUGUUUCACGUGGUGCUUCUCCUGCCAUAAAUUCUUUUUAUGAGUUGUUAACGAAAUCUCGUUUUAGUUGGUUUACAAAUUCUGUGGUAGUAUUAAAAAAUCGUACGAGGCCAAACUUCUGUGUAACAGGAUUUUUGGGCUUUCUUAUAUACUUUGUGCCUGUCUUCCUAUUAAGUGUAAUACUUAUAGCAGGUGUUGUAUAUUAUCAUAAAAAAGUAAAAAAAUAUGAAAAAAUUAGGCAUCGGAAAAGAUAA